AUGAAUAGAUUAUUAAUUACAGAAUUAGGGGAUGCUAUGAGAGCAGAAUUAAUUAAACAAGAAGAACUAAAACGAAAAAAGACUAUUUUAGUAAGUAGAGAUUCUCUUCCCGAAGUGAAAUCAACAGGAAUAAUUAAUUCAUUACUAAUGGAUGUUGAUGAUAAUCCAUUAUAUCGUAAGAGUCUUUCAGAUAUUGCUUUAAUGAAUCUAACUAAAGCUGCCAAUAUUUCAUUAAAUGGAUCUUAAAGUAAAGAUGUGUUGGAAUAACAUAUAAGAGAAGAUUUGUAAAUUCAAAAGAAGAAUGAUUAUCUUAAUAAUUAUCUCAAUAAGCAAGUUGAGAAGUUAGCAGAUGAUAAAAGUAAACAGUUAUGAAUCUAUAAACAAUUAGAUUUAAUGACAAAGAGAAGGAGAUAUCUCUUAGGAGAAUUGAAAAAGAUUGAGGCGAAAGAGAAUUGUCUUAAAAUUAGAAACAGAAUUUCUACAGAUUAAUCUUAACUUAGCACCAUUGUUGAGGAUGCAGAUAGAGAAAAUAAAUUAAUGGCCAUUAUUAAUACAGAAGGCAAAUUACUAUAAUUAUAAAGGAGAUAUGACAAAAAGAAAUAAGAUGAUGAAGUAUUAAAAUAAUAAGUGAAAUCUAAUUAUUAUAAACUUAAAGAUAUUGAAGAAAUGCAUAUCGAUACUCUUUAAAUCUUAACUUAAGAAUAAUUAGACGAAGGCAUUCGAAAUUUGUAUCACAAUACUGAUUAGUCAGAAAUACGUUUUUAAUAGAGAUUACAUGAUAAACAUAAAAAGAUUACUACAAAAGUAUGGUAACAACAUCAUUUUCCAAAAAAACAUAAAAAAUGGAUUUAGAUUCAAAAGAAGUUAUGA